CAGCUCGUCUCCAACUAGAUAAUUCGUCUUUGAGUUGAAUGAGUGGAGUGGACAUGAACUGAAAAAACUGAAAUUCACAGCGAGCACAUUCGGCGUGAGGAAGUAUUUUAAUAUAUUUUUUUAGCUGGAGUCUUAACUAGGAUGCAACGAUGACUCAACCACAGCUGAAUGAGUUUAUUCCUCCCCCGGAGUGCCCUGUUUUUGAGCCCAGCUGGGAGGAAUUUGCCGACCCUUUUGCGUACAUCAACAAAAUACGACCAAUCGCAGAGAAAACUGGCAUUUGCAAGAUCCGACCACCGCCGGAGUGGCAGCCACCUUUUGCCUGUGAUGUUGACAGACUGAAAUUCACACCAAGAAUACAAAGGCUUAAUGAACUGGAGGCUCAGACCAGAGUUAAACUCAACUUCCUGGAUCAAAUUGCAAAAUUCUGGGAGCUCCAAGGAUGCACUCUGAAAAUUCCUCAUGUAGAGAGAAAAAUUCUGGAUCUAUACCAACUGAACAAGUUGGUGACUGAAGAGGGAGGUUUUGAUGCAGUCUGCAGAGAGCGGCGCUGGACUAAGAUCUCAGUCAAGAUGGGCUUUGCUCCUGGAAAGGCCAUUGGUUCUCAUCUGCGGGCACACUAUGAGCGCGUCCUCUACCCAUACAACCUUUUCCAGAUUGGAGCCAACCUGUCCGCGGCCACCUUGACUAAUGACACUAAAGAUAAGGAGUACACUCCUCAUGAUCUGCCACAGCGUCAGUCUGUUCAGCCGCAGGAGACCUGCAGCAUUGCUCGCCGCGCUAAGCGAAUGAGAUCUGAAAGAGGAUAUUUCAAACAUGAACCUGAAGGAAUGUGUGAGAAACGUCCCAAUCUGAGGAGAAGAAUGGGAACAUAUAUUACCAAACCAGAACCUGUGAGAAUGGCAAUCACUGAAGUGAAAGUGGAGCCCACUGAACUAAUGGAUCCAAAAGAAUAUGAAGAAACUGUAUUAGAUCAGAUUAACAAACCUCCAGUGAAUAAAGUGGACCAUUACAUGUGCCUCGUAUGUGGCAGUGGAAGUGCAGAGGACCGCCUGCUAUUAUGUGAUGGUUGUGAUGACAGCUACCACAUCUUCUGUCUGAUCCCACCCCUCCAUGAUGUUCCCAAAGGUGACUGGCGAUGCCCCAAGUGCCUAGCUCAGGAAUGUGGCAAACCUCCUGUUGCAUUUGGCUUUGAACAAGCCGGCAGGAGCUACACCCUCCAAGCUUUUGGUGACAUGGCCGACUCCUUCAAAUCUGAUUAUUUCAACAUGCCAGUUCAUAUGGUUCCUACUGAGCUGGUGGAAAAGGAAUUCUGGCGUCUUGUCAGUACCAUUGAGGAGGAUGUGACUGUGGAGUAUGGAGCAGACAUCGCCUCAAAGGAGUUUGGGAGUGGUUUCCCAGUACGAAAUGGCCAUUUCCAAGUCUCUCCUGAUGAUGAGCAUUAUAUAAGCAGUGGCUGGAACUUGAACAACAUGCCAGUGCUGGAUGCCUCCGUACUCACUCAUGUUACGGCCGACAUCUGUGGGAUGAAGGUUCCCUGGCUCUAUGUGGGGAUGUGCUUCUCAUCUUUCUGUUGGCAUAUUGAGGACCACUGGAGCUACUCUAUAAACUAUCUUCACUGGGGAGAGCCGAAGACGUGGUAUGGGGCUCCUGGUUAUGCUGCAGAGCACCUGGAGUCAGUCAUGAAGAAAUUGGCCCCUGAGCUAUUUGAGUCCCAGCCAGACCUCCUUCACCAGCUGGUCACCAUCAUGAAUCCAAACACACUAAUGAACAAUGGCGUCCCGAUCUAUCGCACCAACCAGUGUGCAGGGGAGUUUGUCAUCACUUUCCCCAGAGCUUAUCACAGCGGAUUCAACCAGGGUUUCAACUUUGCUGAAGCGGUCAACUUCUGCACAGUGGACUGGAUGCCCAUUGGCCGUAAAUGUGUGGUUCACUAUCGCCAACUGAGCAGAUACUGUGUCUUUUCCCAUGACGAGAUGGUUUGUAACAUGGCCCUAAAAGCAGACUCAGUGGAUGUUGACCUGGCGUCAGCAGUUCUGGGGGAAAUGACUGCCAUGAUCGAAGAGGAGAGGGAACUACGUGAAAAGAUUAACAAAAUGGGUGUGGUGCAGUCUCGACAAGUUGAUUAUGAGGAGCUCCCAGAUGAGGAGCGGCAGUGCUGCAAGUGUCGGACCACCUGCUACCUGUCUGGCAUCACCUGUCUCUGCAGUCCUAAGAAGAUGGCUUGUUUGUACCACGCCCAAGACCUCUGCUCAUGUUCUCAUAGCAACCUCACACUCCAUUACAAGUAUGCCAUGGAAGUGCUGUACCCCCUGUUGGCAUCAGUGAAGCAACGUGCAGAGUCGUAUAAAAACUGGGUUUCUAGUGUUCAAGACAUCGUGGAGAACAAGGGAACUAAGAAAAGAGGUUUGGAUGAGCUUCACAGCCUGGUGGAACAAGCAGAAACGAAAGGAUUCUCUCAAACUAGCCUUCUGGAUCAGCUGCGCACCAUCACCUCAGAGGCUGAUAAAGUUGCUGUGAUGGCACAGCAGCUUCUUAACGGAAAGAGACAGACAAGGUAUCGAUCUGGGGGUGGCAAGUCUCAAAACCAGAAUGAGUUGACUGUGGAGGAGCUGAGGUCCUUUGUCCAACAGCUGGACAAUCUGCCGUGUAAUAUCCGACAGGCUCCUUUACUGAAAGACCUGUUGACCCGGGUGGAUGAUUUCAAGCAGCGCAGCGACUGUCUCCUCUCUGAUGAGUCACCCAGUCCACAGGAGCUGCAGGACCUGCUGGAUGUGAGUCUAGGCCUGGAUGUGGAGCUGCAGCAACUGCCCCUGCUGAGAGAGAGACUAGAACAAGCUCGGUGGCUGGAGGCCGUGCAGCAAGCCAGCAGCAGGCCAGACAGCCUGUGUCUGGAAACCAUGAGGAGACUGAUAGACCAGGGCGUGGGCCUGGCUCCUCACAGCUCUGUAGAGAAGGCCAUGGCUCGUCUGCAGGAGCUGCUGACGGUGUCAGAGCAGUGGGAGGAGAAGGUGCUCAGCCUCAUGGAGGCCAGGCCACAUCACAGCAUAGAGACACUUGAUGCUGCUUUACACGAAGUAGAAAACAUCCCUGCUUAUCUGCCCAACUGUCUGCAGCUGAAGGAUGUUGUCAGCAAGGCCAAGAAAUGGCUUCAUGAAGCUGAAACCCUCCAGCUGGGAGGACGUAUUCCUGUGCUGGACAGCCUCUCUGAGCUGGUCCUCAGAGCAGAGGGCAUCCCAGUGAGGCUCGACCCACUGAGCCGACUGGAGGCCCUCGUCAGUGAUGUUCAAACCUGGAAGGAGAGCGCAGCAAAAACAUUCCUCCUGAAAAAUUCCCCUUUCUCUCUUCUUGAGGUCCUUUGUCCAAGAUGUGAUGUUGGUGUUGGGCAUCAGAAGUCAAGAUCUAAAAAGGUGAAAGAAGCCCCUCCGCUCGGUAGAAAAUCUUCAACAAAACUGGAGUCCUUGUGUGAUGUGGAGAAAGCUCUCUCUGACAGCAGGGACUCUGCCUCUGCUAUGACCACUCUUGCUGAGGUCCAACAGAGGGAGAUGGAGAUCUUGUUGGCUCUAAGGGCUUCAAAUGAGUCUAAGUUUCUAACUGCUGAAAACUGUUGUGCACUUAGUGUUUGUGUUUGCCUAAAGGCACCUUCAGGCACCAUGGUGCAGUGUGAGCUCUGUCAAGACAUUUUCCACUGCAGCUGUGUCACAACAGCAGCAGAUCUUGAGUAUGGUCAAGCCUGGCUUUGCCCGCUUUGCCAGCGGUCAAGGAAACCUCCUCUGGACAGGGUCUUGCCCUUGUUGGCCUCACUGCAAAGGAUUCGGGUUCGCCUGCCAGAAGGAGACGCCCUGCGCUUCCUCAUUGAAAGGACAGUGCGAUGGCAGCACAAAGUUCAGCAGGCCUGUGCAGAGGGAGUGCUGGAGAAGGUUUCUUUGAUGGGGAGAUCCGAGUCCAGAAUGUCUUUAAAUCUGACUCAGGCAAUAAAUGGAUCAUUUCAUACAAAGCACCAGUCUGUUCCAGUUCAGGGACUCGGCCCUGAGCUGGAAGAGCUAAUGGUGGAGGGAUUCCUGCUGCAGGUCACUCUGCCUGAGACUGAGCAGCUGUACAGAUACCUGCUGUACAAACUGGCGCCCCUGCCAUCACACAGCUCACCCAGUGAGAAUGGCUCAGAACAGUCUCCGAGAGGGAGUCCUCACCACAACAAGAACGGAGUGUCAAGUCUGAAAAAAGAGGCAGUGGACGAUGGUCAGAGCAAAAGGAUCAAGCGGCGCAAGGAAAGCUCUGACUCACAGCACAGUGAAAAGGCCAAGAAGUCUCGGAAAAAGAAACCCAAGAAAAGCAAAGAAAGGAGUGAAGACUCGAAGAAGACGAGUUCCCCCACACACACAGUAUCUGACCCUGCUCUGUCAGAUUCAGAGGAGGACUUCUCACUGUGUGCUGCACCAUGGUGCAGAGAGCCAGAGGGUGACGAGGUAAACUGGGUUCAGUGUGACGGCAACUGUAAUCAGUGGUUUCACCAGGUCUGUGUGGGACUGUCUGCUGAGCGAGCAGAAAAGGAGGACUAUGUUUGCAUAAGCUGCACACAGCCAGACUACAACCGAGGAGAAUAAAGACCAAAAAGUGAUGUUGAAGGAUGAUCAGUCUUUUUUUCUUUUUUCUUGUUUUUGCAAGCCGCAGCACUUAUACGCACACCUGAACUCUGUGUGUCCUGUGGCUUCUCCCGUCUACCGUCUGGCUUGCCCUCAGUGAACAUGGUGCUAUUUUCCUUUUUCCCUGAGUCACUAAAGACUUCUGUCACUGUUUUGUCAUUUGGCUGUUUUUUCAGCUAAUCAACUAAUCUUUUCUGAAACUUUCCAAGACUGAUGCAGAUGUCGCUUAAAAGGAGGGAAAAAAUGGAGAGAACCAACAGCGCAGGGAUUUUUCAACCAAAAAAUGUCAGUUUGACAUUUCAGGACUGUUUCUUUGACAUGCAUCUGAACAAUGUGAAACUUAUCUUUUUCUUGUAGAGUAAAUAUUAUUUAUCUGAGCAAUAGCUGAACAGAUUAAUUCAAGUCCGUUUUCACCUGAGCUAUAUUUGUGUGUAGAAGUACUUUGAUAAGUUGCCUUCCUGAAGCAGAAACCCUUAAGAAUUCACUUUAUGAAUCCUAUGAUAUUCCACAGUUCACUCAACAUUUGUGUGCACCUCACAACAGAUAUGGAUCUAUGAUAUUAAAUGUGCAAAACUUUGCACUCAUACUUUGCCCAUAUCCUUUAACAAUUCACUGGCUUUGAUAGGAAGUCAGGUUUCCCUUUGGCGCUGUCUGCAGACGAAGAUGAAAGUCCUGAAUCCCUCGUUCCUGGCAGUGGUUGAGACUUGAUUUCUGUUCACAAAGUAAGAAAGGACUGCCCGACAUCAAAGGAAUGUACAUUUUUUGAGGGCGAACUUUCCCUUUAUGGUUGAGGUUGAAAAUAUUGUGUUGGACUUAGAUUUAACACAGACUGUGUGAUUUAUUUGCCACGGGUAUAUGACCUUUUCUUGCUCCUUUGGAUAAAUAAUAUAAUUCAUAUGUUGCAGUUUGCAUUAUAAAAUAAAAUGUUUGUUCCCAUA